CACCCACUCUUUCCCACCAACAAAAUCUUUAUUUCCUUUUUAUAAUAUAUCUAUAUUUAUAGUUUUUACAUAUAUAUAGUUUUUAAAAAAAUAGUAAAUAAUUAUCCUUGUUGCCUACCACCAACUCCAAGAUUGGUAUUUAUCGAUAGAAAAGGCAGUGUCUUUUUUCUCUGCCCAUAUAUCACUUGCUAUGAGUAAGCUCUGUUAAGCUCUCAGAUUUAUCUUUUCAAGAAUAUAAAGAUUCAAUCUUUUUGCAAAGGUGAUUAUUUGGAAAGAUGAGAGGAGGAUUGUGGCAACUAGGGCAAUCGAUCACCAGGCGUCUAGGUCAGGCUGAUAAGAAGACUAUUGGUCGCAGAUGCUUUGCUUCGGAUGCUGAUCUCAAGAAGACAGUUUUAUAUGACUUCCAUGUUGUGAAUGGGGGAAAGAUGGUGCCUUUUGCUGGUUGGAGUAUGCCUAUCCAGUAUAAGGACUCAAUUAUGGACUCUACAGUAAAUUGUAGGGAGAAUGGUAGCCUCUUUGAUGUUUCUCAUAUGUGUGGGCUAAGCCUCAAGGGGAAGGAUACUAUCCCUUUCCUGGAAAAGCUUGUAAUCGGUGAUGUUGCUGGGCUUGCUCCUGGGACUGGUACUCUCACAGUCUUCACAAAUGAGAAGGGAGGUGCAAUUGACGAUUCAGUGGUCACAAAGGUGACAAAUGAUCACAUAUACCUUGUUGUAAAUGCGGGUUGCAGGGACAAGGAUCUUGCACACAUUGAGGAGCAUAUGAAAUCAUUCAAGUCCAAAGGUGGUGAUGUUUCAUGGCACAUCCAUGAUGAGAGGUCACUUUUAGCCCUUCAGGGACCCCUUGCUGCUCCAGUUCUUCAAUAUCUGACAAAAGAUGAUUUGAGCAAGAUGUACUUUGGGGAGUUUAGGGUAUUGGAUAUCAAUGGGGCACCAUGCUUCCUCACAAGGACAGGGUAUACUGGUGAAGAUGGAUUUGAAAUUUCAGUACCUUCAGAAAAUGCUGUUGACCUUGCAAAAGCUAUUCUGGAGAAAUCAGAAGGGAAGAUUCGGUUAACAGGUUUAGGAGCUCGUGACAGUCUUCGGCUUGAGGCUGGUUUGUGCUUAUACGGUAAUGACAUGGAGCAGCACAUAACACCUGUAGAGGCUGGGCUGACAUGGGCCAUAGGCAAAAGAAGAAGGGCAGAAGGAGGCUUCCUUGGUGCUGAGGUAAUACUAAAGCAAAUUGAAGAAGGUCCUAAAAUCAGGAGGGCUGGCUUUUUCUCUUCAGGCCCACCCCCUAGAAGUCACAGUGAGAUUCAAGAUUCGAAUGGACAAAAUAUCGGGGAAAUCACCAGUGGUGGUUUCAGCCCUUGUCUUAAGAAGAACAUAGCAAUGGGAUACGUAAAAUCGGGUAACCACAAGGCAGGGACCAAUGUGAAGAUUGUGAUUCGAGGAAAGUCUUAUGAUGGGGCGGUUACCAAGAUGCCUUUUGUACCCACCAAGUACUACAAGCCAUAAUAACUCGUUGUUGCCUCUUAAAACUUGAUUCCUCUAAUUACUACUUUGUUCUUAAUGUUUUUGGUGAAAGUGAAACUGGGAAUACAGUACUUCAAUCUACAUGUUUCUUCUUUUGCUUA